UUCUGUUUCGAUUCUUCGUGAGUGGUGGCUUCGUUCAGACACCAAACCCAUCACUUUCCGCUUCUCUGUCUCUCUCCGUCCCUUUUAUUAGCUUCUCCACACUGUUCUUCUUCUCCAUCAUCCCCUGACCCAAAAAAGAAAAUCUGGGUUUUGAUCGUUAGGGUUUGAAUCCAACAUAGCCUCCACAGGAAGAGAAUGCCGUCGAGAAAUGGCUGCUUCUCUUCUCAUUCGUCUUCUUCCUUGUCUUCCUCUUCGUCUUCUUCCCAGCUAAGCACUCCGAGAGGAUUUCAUAAUGGGGUUCUCCAGAGUUUGGUGUCUCCGAGAUUGUCCACUCAAACAAAAUCUUUCGUGAAGAAAUCACCUCUCUGGAAUCCAGAGAAGGCGAAUUGCCAAGAUCGUCAUUCAACAACUCCAAAGUCUACGGAAGAACUGAGGAAUGAGAUUGCAGAGCUUGAGACAGAGAUAUUGCAUUUGGAACGGUAUCUUCUAUCACUCUACAGAACAACAUUCGGAGACCAUUUACCGGCGUUAUUACCACAAGUUACCGAAGCAAAUCCCAAGUGUCCAAAGACUCCACCUUUAACGGUCAAAUUUCAGAGCACCCGAGCUUCUUCUGUCUCUGAUACUUCUGUGUCGUGUAGGCGGAGCCUGUCCUCAAGCUUCAAACCGUCAUCUGAGACAGUAAUUCACAUUGAAGGGAUCAAAAGAACAGAAUCUGGUCACCGGAGUCUGGCUGAUCUUCUCGGUGUUUCCCACAUGAUCGAAGAUCUCAACACUCCGAAUAGACUCUCGGAAGAAAUCUUGAGAAGUGUGUGUCUCAUAUAUUGCAAAUUCUCGGACAAGACACAGAUCGGUUGUCCAAAGAGUCCUUGUCAUAGUUGUAGCCAACAGUCUGGAGAAACCGAAGGGGAAACGGGCGAAGAAUUCGCUGUUGUGGUUCACAAGCUGUGCUUGGAUGAAGAUGAUUUGAAGUCUUUGGAGAGUAUGCUUCAAAAAUUCAGGUCACUGGUCCGGAAACUCGAGAAAGUUGAUCCAAGAACGAUGACUCGGGAGCAGAAGCUUGCGUUCUGGAUCAACGUCCAUAAUGCCCUGCUGAUGCACGCGUAUAUAGCAUAUGGAACAAGCAAACCUGCAAGGGACGCAGCUAUUUUGAAGGCAGCGUAUAACGUGGGUGGCGAAUGCAUAAGUGCACACCAUAUCCAGAACUCGAUAUUGGGCAUUUGCCCACGCCAGUCAGCACCUCGUUUACAGACGAUGUUUUCCCCGGCUAGGAAGUCGAAGACAUGUCACAGCAAACACGCAUAUGCAUUGGACUACACCGAACCACUUGUCCACUUUGCUCUUUCUUCCGGCACUUCAACCGACCCAGCGGUCCGCGUUUACACAGCCAAGGGUAUCUUUCAAGAACUCAAGCGAGCCAGGGAAGAGUUCAUUCGACGGAACAUCCAGUUUGAGAACGAGGCGAGGAUUCUACUGCCAAAGAUUCUCUACAACUACGCAAAGGAUUCUUCACUAGACAUGGAUGGGCUCUUGGACUCCAUAGCCGGGUGCCUACCAGACACACAGCAGAAAGCUAUGAGGAGAAUAGUAAAGGGAAGGCAGGAGAGAUGCGUUCGCUGGCUGAACCAAGACCCGAGCUUUCGGUAUGUCAUCCAUGGAAAUCUUGCUUAGGAGAAUGGGUGGAACUUGACCCAUUACCUUGUCUGAAAUUCUUCUGUAUGUAGCUCUCUGCUUUUGCCAGGAUUUUGCUGAAUAAUAGAGUUUCAAGCUGUAUAUAGUAAUUCUAGAAGGCUUCCUCUUUACGCUAUUGUCAAUCGAUGGAAGAAAUCGAAAAUACCUUCGUCGGAUA